AUGAGCACGAGCUGGGCUGCUUUAAAAGCCAAGCGCGCGGGCGCGAGCGGCUCUGCGGCGUCUCCCUCUCCUGCUGCUGCUCCGAAGACUGAUGAGGAGGCAAAGCGGGAUGAAGCCUUGCCGUCCGCCGGCACGUCUGCCACCGUCGAAUAUCUCCACCCACACCUCCCUUCCAACCUCGAAGUCAGACAUAUCUCGGGUCGAGGGCGAGGCGUCGUUGCGAAGGAAGCUGUCUCGCCCGGGACAACCCUCCUCACGACUACUCCCCUCGUCUCGGUUCUUGACCAGCGCAACCUCCGCUACCGAUGCAGCUUCUGCUUCCGCUCCGUCGACGACUUGAAGUCACCUUCGACGCAAGGAGGAGGAGCGACGACGUUGCAACAGUGCUCGAUGUGUCACAUCGUGCAGUACUGCUCAGCUGCCUGCCAGCGGCGUGACUGGCUCAUACACAAGAAGGAGUGCAAGGACUUGCAGAGGAACGCUGCUGCGAAGGGUCGUCAUGGCCCUCCAGACGUUGUACUGCGUGCUCUGAGCCGGGUGCUGUAUCUCCGGGAGUCCGAAAGGGAUGGGAAGAUGUGGGAAGCUGUCGAAUCGCUCGAAUCGCAUCAAACUCGCCUCUCCGGCAGAGAGCAAGAAGACUUCUUCCGCCUCUCGGUCUCGUUUGCAUCCUACAUCGGCCAGGAGCGGCUGAAAGAAGCGUGCGCGAAUGCCGCUGCCGUUCUCGACCUCUGCUCACGCUUCACCUCGAACUCCUUCUCGCUCACCUCGUCCGCCGACUUGUCCAACAUCGGCGUCUCCAUCUCCCCUCUGACCGCACUCUUCAACCACUCAUGCCGCCCAAACGCCGUCAUCGUCUUCCCCGCCUUCCCUUCCUCAUCCUCCACCUCUCCCUCGCGCUACAUGUCCGUCGUCGCCAUCCGACCUAUCAAGCCUGGCGAGGAAGUCGUCACGAGCUAUGUCGACCUUGCGUUGACGAAGGAACUGCGGCAAAAGGAGGUGAAGGAGCGGUACAAGUUUGACUGUUCGUGCGAGGAGUGCAGGAGCGAGGGGAUUGACCCGAGGGAGGCGCUGAGCUGCCCAAAGGCGGAGAACGGGUGUAAAGGCCUGAUUGCACUUCCCGAGCGAGGUUCGGCCGUCUCAACCGUCACUUGCCCGAUAUGCGGAUCAUCUGCGCCCUACAAGGACGUCCACCCUGCUCUCGACGCCGCCAAGCUAGCCUACGAAGACGCUGAGCGAGCGCAGCACGAAGACGAGCGGACCGCCGUUGUACACCUUCAGCACAUCAUUGAUUCGCUCACGACGUCCCUCACACCCGUCCCUCCCUUCGCUCCAUCCGCCUACCCGCUCUUCUCGGCUCGUCAGCUCCUGCUCGCCCUUCACCUCGACGCGCACCGCUUCGAGCAAGCUAUCGACACAGCAGCAGCCGCACUUGCAGGCGCUGGUCUGAUCUACGCCUUCGGCCACCCCGUCCGCGCAGUCCUCCGCACGACCCACGCCCGUCUCAGCACCGUCCCGCCCGACACUCCCCCCGAAGACGGCGACGCCCAACUCAGAUGGUGGCUCGACCUGGUGGCGCGACAGAAAGGCCGCCAGCUGCUUAUCGCAGCGCAUGAGGAGGUCGUGACGGCGUUCGGGACGGCGAGGAUUGGUGGAUCGUCUGUACCGGGCGGCGAGAUGGGGCGGAUGUUGACGGAGCUUAUCGAGGACCAGGAUCGAGGGAUACGAUUCUCUUCGAUCGCGGCGGAGAACAAGCGACGGGCGGGCGGGCGAGUAAGGCGAUAG